UUUACCUUCAUUUUACUGUGGUCUUGAUAUGACUGUUUUGAGAAUUUUGUGUUUUAUCGAUAUAUGAUAAUUAAAGCGAUUAUCCGGUUUAGGGUUUGAUUUUUGAUACAAAUAAUCUCGCUUUCCUUUGAAAGGUGUUCGCCAAUUUUCUGAACUUUACUGGUGUAUUUAAUAACUUUCGGCAAACAUGAGUGGCAGUGGUGACAAAACUGAACAUUUCGAUUCUAUGUUCCUCUCGAUUGCUCAGCAUCAUCCAGAAGGAGCUUCUCAGCUUCUCGAUACAUUCGUCAGUUUUCUCGGAAGGAAAACAGAUUUCUUCACUGGAGGAAAAGAGGGGGAAUGGGAGAAGCUAGUUAUGAAUACAUUCAGAAAGCAUGAAAAACAAAGUAGAGAAAAGCAAGAAGCUGAGCUGAAAGAGAAACGUGAGAGGGAAGCUCGAGCAAAAGCAGCUGCAGCAAAAAAAGCUGAAGCUGAAAGAGUUGAGCCUGCCAAAAUAACAGAACUAACUGAUGCUGAAGCCGAACAGCUUCAGGCCGAAAUAAACGCAAAGAAAAAUCCGUCAUCGUCCAGUUCACAACCUGCUGCCCCUAUCGGAGAUAAAAUCAAGGAAGACGAAGAUGAAUCAGAAAAGGGGAAGAUUUUGCCGAACAAAGGAAAUGGCUGUGAUUUGGACAAGUACAAGUGGACUCAGACUUUGGGCGAUAUUGAGCUUCGAGUGCCACUAAACGUCAACUUCAGAGUCAAGCAGAAAGAUCUUGUGGUUAACCUUACGAAGAAACAUUUGACAUGCGGAAUCAAAGGUCAACCGCCUAUCAUAAACGACGAUUUUCCUUAUGAAAUCAAGCUAGAAGAAUCCACUUGGGUCAUAGAAGAUGGAAAAUCACUGUUGUUCAAUUUAGAAAAGGUGAAUAAAAUGAACUGGUGGAACAAACUAGUUAACUCAGAUCCGGAAAUCAGCACAAAGAAAAUAAACCCAGAGCCGUCUAAGUUGAGCGAUCUAGAUGGUGAAACCAGGGGGCUAGUCGAGAAAAUGAUGUAUGACCAAAGACAGAAGGAAAUGGGACUUCCCACUAGUGACGAGCAAAAAAAACAGGACGUCAUUAAAAAGUUCAUGGAGCAGCACCCAGAAAUGGACUUCUCAAAAUGCAAAUUCAAUUGACUCAGUUUCGCUGGAAGUUAAUGAAUCGUUUUUAUUUUUGUAUUCGCUUUACAUUGUUUUUUUUUAAAUAAAGUAGGUAGAAUAAGAAAAAAUAUGUUAUGCACAUUGAA